UGGAGUGAUGGGGAGGGGGCUUCUAUAGCCGCACUGCCCCGUUUCAAGUUGAGCCUCUAUUGCUGCAUCGCGUUACCAACACACAAACACACUUACACAUCAACACACCAACACGAACACACACAAAAACACACACAAACAAAACUAUCUCGCUUUCAUCCGUUUUGGUUUCUUUUUGUUCGGUUGGUCAUCCUUCAGUUGAUCUUCGCGACUUGUGUGUGGUCUUAAGAAGGGAAAGUCCCCCUGAAGCUUUCACUUCACACACAGCAGGGGAAGGAGCGUGUGGUGAUAAUGCUACAAGACGGCGCCGGAGGCAGCAGGAGACAAGAGCUCGCUGAGUGAUCGCUUCCUCCAGCUGUGAAUGGAGAGAAGAGGACCCUCCAGCCCGACAACACGGAUCAGGAGUGGAGGAACUCCACCUUUUCGGGGGUAACAAGGGGAGCAUAAUUGACAAUUUCAAGUGGACAUAAUCAAGUCGAAUUUUCCCUUGCAUUCAUCUCGUUCAGGAUCAUUCCCAGGUAGGGCUACUUUCAGAUCGUGUUCGGUUUAGUUCGCCACGGAGGUUCAGGUUUAUUGGAACGCGGCCCGGGGUUAUGGAAUAAUAAUAAGGCGUAAGUAGCCUACUCAGCAUAUAUCUACUAUUAAGCAUCACCAACUCUAGGAUACUUCCCCCGGUUUUUCGAACCAUAAGAUGGCCGUGAACACGGACACCGCCUUCCAGACGUCUAACUUAGGGGAGACCCGACCGGCGCCGCCCCCCGACUUCCAGGAGACGGAGAAACUUCUAGCGGUGACCACGGAGCCUGGCGGGACCGGGAUGAAGACCUCCUCGUCCUUCAGCGUCAACGUGGACGGUGGUGGCGAGAAGCACCUGGAGGCGGAGCAGAACGGCCACGGCGCGUCCCUGCGGUCGGGCUCCGCGGGACACCUGGCGGUGGCUGCGCCCCAUUCCCCGUCCCAGGUCAGCCGGAGCCGCGCCUCGUCCGUUGGGAACGCGGCCGUGCUGCAGGAGAACCCCAAGCCCAAAGACUACCUCAUCCUGGUUAUCAUCUCCUGCCUGUGUCCCGUGUGGCCCGUCAGCAUCGUGGCCCUGGUCUACUCCAUCAUGUCCAGAAACAGUCUCCAGUCGGGGGAUGUGGAUGGGGCUAAGCGUCUGGGCAAGCUGGCCCGCCUGCUCAGCAUCGUCUCCAUCAUCCUCGGGAUCGUGGUCAUCGCCGUCUACGUCUCUGUGACGGCUUUGAAAUAAUAACGGUUGCAUAACGGAUACAACCACAACAACAACAACAACAACAAGAACAAGAACAACAGCAGCAGCAGCAACAACGAUAUCCAGGCGUUGUGAGCUUGUGAUGAACAUCAAGACCAUCCCCUAAAUGCAGAAUACUGUCAAAUGAAAAGAAAAUAACCGUAAAAAAACAACAUGUUUGGUUGGCAAAUCAAUGAAGUUAACAAGGAAACCCCAGAAAUGCAUGCACUAGAAUCCAGUAAAUAUUUGCUUGAUAUAGAAACAAAUAUUGAUAUUAAAUUGGUUCUGGAAAGGAAAGAGGACAUUGUAAACGUUUUGGAAUAGUCCCAUAUUUCUUCAUAUGAACUAAAAGGUCUCAGAAAAUGAAAAGGAAAAGAAGGCACAAAACUGAAGACAAAGGAGAAGCGGAGAAAAAUUAGAGCAAUUAAAAAAUGAACUCUGGGUUCAACGAGAAUCUUGAGAGCUACAUUCUAAACCCCCAGCCACCCACCAUAUUCC